CUCGAAGCGAAGUAUUCUUGUCGACAGCGAAGACGUGCUUCGUAAUGGAUGACUAGAAACAAAGUGGGGCCAUCGCAGGUUUUGUAUCAAUUCCCAUAUCGUGACUGAUGUUGACCACAGUCUCGGGUUGCGAAGACAGCGCCUUGCAGCUGCUGCCCCCGAAAUCAGCUUUUUGCUACACCGCAGGGCACAUGUCGAUUCCUGCAAUCGUGGGUUUUUCUGUAGUCCCAAUCCAGAAGGAAACGUGGUAGUUUACUUUAGCCUCCACACCUUCCGAACCCUGGAGAUGAAUUGGAACAGAACCUGAGCGAUGAGUGCAGGAGUCGCUAGAGCUUGCAACGUAACGGGCACCGCCUGUGGAGAGGAGAAUAUUGGGGAGCACUAGUUAUGGCGAGAAGUGAAGGGGAUUACGAGAAUAAUACUGCUGUAUACUGUAGACUAUAUGUACGCUACCUUUUGGAAGGGUAAGGUUCUUAGGGUGGGGGGUGGGGCAUGUCUUGGAAUUCGGGACCCUUGGGUAGCCCACUAGGAGCUGCAAUCACUAUGUGUCCGGAAUCAUUAAGGGCGUUUGCAGGGCGCAAGUCAAAUGAGACCAGAUUUGUGCAGAGAGGGCGGGUGAGAGUGUGUGCGUAUACAUGUGGGGGGGGAGGAAGGAGAUCUCUUGAGGCUUGACACGAGUUGGGUUUGUGUGCCUAUAUAAUGGAGUCUGGUCCAUGGUGUUCAGCAGUAGUUUCUACCUAUCUGGGUUGAUACAAUCGACACCCGGACAAAGCUGAGAUUGAAUGAAGUGUGUGAGAACGAGGUGAACCCAGAGCUGAGACGUUGCUGCUGCUUUUGCUGCUUGCUUUUGCGGCGGAGCAGUUGUCUCGCAAUAUAUGCUGGGAGUGAUUAGGAACUUGCUGGGAUUGUGGCUGCGGAGAGAAGACUGGAAAUUUAAAAGUUGGAGUGUUGUGCUUUGAAGCCAGUCCGCGUGUUGAAUGCCUUGCAGUCAGCAACAAUCGGUCGCCUCGUGCUAUUUGAGCAGGUUUUUCUUCGCUCCUGGUCCUCGCAGGAGACCGCCGACAGUGAAGCAGACAUACUCGACUGCCUGGAGGCUUUAAAUCUGUCGGAACUCUGCUAGAGUUUCAUACAAGGAGUUCUCUUUGCGUGAUUGCUCCUCUUUAGACCUCAUAAUCUGAUAGUCACAUAUAUUGAAGAACUUGGAUCCACUGAUAAUCCUCCUUAUUACGUCCAGCGCUUCGAUAUUGGCCUGUGGUCCCUAGAUUAUCCCCAAUAGCAGGUAACCCCAGGUAAUCAUCCUAGGGUUCCAAAGUUGGACAAACAGCUCCAGAGCUACUUUGAUAGUCACGACACUUCAACUCUUUUUGUUGCUUCUUCUUACACUUGCUUUAAUGACGAGACUCUCCAAGUCCAAUGAGGACGUUCGGAAAGGAGCGUGGGCAGCGGAGGAGGAUGAGAAACUCCGAAAGUAUGUGGAAACCCACGGCACAGGCCAUUGGCGCAGUGUCGGCAAGAAGGCAGGCCUUCAGAGAUGUGGGAAGAGCUGCCGUUUGCGCUGGACUAACUAUUUGCGACCUGAUAUUCGGCAUGGAAGUUUUGACCCAGAGGAGGAGGAUCUCAUCGUCAAGUUGCAUGCAGCUCACGGAAGCAGAUGGUCUCUUAUUGCCGCACAGAUGCCAGGAAGAACAGACAACGAUAUAAAAAAUCACUGGAACACCAGGCUAAAGAAAAAGCUCUGUGACAUGGGCAUUGACCCCGUCACACACAAACCCAUCGCCGACUUACUUAGAGAUCUUGCUGGAACCAUGGCUCAGUCUACCGGAGGAAACAAUCAGGCAUCUGAGGAAGCGGCACGAAGAUGUUUUCGCGACAGUCUUGUCAGCAAAGCCGUGCGAGAGUGUGGGAAAAACAACAACCCUGCAUUCUCAUCGUCUCAGUUGACGAGCCAUUCUAUGAAUAUCCACCACACGGACGAGGUCAAGUCCAUUGUAGGGGACCCUCACGGCGCCAACGAUUACUUGGGUCAGAAAAGCUCUAACAAUUCAGGUCUGUCCCAUAGCAUGGACGACAGCAGUAGCACAGAGGAGACACUCUCCCGGCGCUCAACCAGUCCACCAAUUUCGAGUGAUUUAGACUACCAGAGAAGUGCAUCAGGCGCGGAUGUUGAAGACCCCUGCCGUCGGUUUGCCGUUGUUUCUUCUGCUCAGAUGCAGAUCGAAGCCAACUUACAUUCUAGAUUCACUGAAGCCAGCACCACGCUUCCGACUUCAUUCCUAGAUCCUGCAGGUUGCAACUCAUUGACGACAUCGCCACUAUCAAGUUCGGGAUCCGAGUUUCUUUGCCAACGGAAAAGUGACCAAACUCUCGCAGGACCCCAUCAACUGAGAACCAGUUACACUCGCUGGUUACCACCUCGAAACGCGCUUGCGCAAGAAGAUUUUCCAAAUGCAGCAGUACAGUUACCUCUCAGCCGGUUCGGCUCGGAGGCCCAAAACCAGUUCACGGCUCAAAGCCACGCAGAAUCUUCCUUCAUGCAGGGAUCAGAUGUUACCAGGCCCCAGCCGACAGCCGCCGCAAGUAAAUUGGACAUCAGGAUCAACCUUGGGUUCAAUCAUCAACCGGAAUCGUUGCAAGAGAAUUUGAAUUUCGGCUAUAGAAGCUUCGGUGGUCCAUUGAUGUCGCCGGCUGCAACGGGGAAUUCCUUGCUGGACGUCUCGGCGCAGCAUGCGUUGUCUGGGUAUGCUGGACAAUUCCCUGGUUCCAUCAUAAAUCCAAGCAACGUGAAUGUGGCAAGUUACAACAGCCCAUUAGCUGGAGCUACAGCUGGGGUGCGUCUUCACGAAUACGAAGUGCCAAGCCCAAGGAUGGUGUUGUGGGACUUCCAGGAGUAGACAGUAUUUUUUAGGAAACCAGUUUGGCUUCCAUUCGGCAAAAUAUACAACUUCCUGAAUUCUUGUUUCCUGCACAAAGUGUUUGCAUUGUCUCAUGGGCUGGUUUGCAGGCUUCAGAAGGUUUCCUAGUUGGUAGAGUAGAAGGCAGCUAAAAACUCCAUCAUUUUGUUGAUUCAUGUAUAUUCCUUCCUAUUCCCUGAUCUGUGAAUAAACCAACUCCUUUUCAAAUUUGUAA